AUGAGUUCUUCAAGGUGCGUUUUCCAAGCAAAGCAGUUGUUCAUAGUGUGCCCUUGCGUCCCAUGGAAGGAACAGUAUUUGCUAGUAUCCCUCUUGUCCGGAUCUCCUUUCAAUGGUUGUGGCCUUCUUACCCAAGCUAAACUCAUCGCUUCUUUGGCCUGCCCGCUUAGUCGGUUGAUCUUCCUGCUUAAUAGACUUCUUUGUGGCGAUUCGAUCUCAGAGCGCGUAGCGUUCUGCGGUCACGAAGACCUCUACCAGAGUCUGGCUGGGAGUGAUGGUCAGCUUGCGAUACAAGUCUUGUUCAGCUGGAAGGCCUUUCUUGAAAGCAGAGGAUGCGAUUCAGUCGUCACUUCCUAUAACAUAAGCGAGCUCCUUGAAGCUGCUGAUCAACCCGGACGACAGAGUGUGGAACCAGUCUUGGGCUGCUUCUCGCAAGGUCAUCGCAAACACCUUGCACAUUAG